AUGGAUGACGCUGAAUUACAGGCAAUCAGACAAGCUCGUCUAGCUGAACUCCAGAAAAACAAUGGUGGAGCCGGUGCCCGUGGAAGCUCUGGAAUAGGAGGCAUUGGUGCUGGAGGAUCUGGCAGUAGCGAUACUUCACGUGAAGAUGAUAUGCGCGCUUCUCAGCUUGCACAGGUGCUUACCCAAGAGGCUCGUGAAAGGUUGGCACGUAUCCGAAUAGUGCGCAGUGAACGUGCCCGAAAUGUUGAGGAUUUAAUUCUACGAUUGGCACGCAACGGACAGAUUCAAAAGAAGGUGACGGAACAAGACCUUGUGCAAUUAUUGGAACAGAUUUCUAAACAAGAAAGCCAAAAUAACCGAACUAAGAUUGUAUACGAACGCCGUUUGCAUGAGGAUGAUGACGAUGACGACUUUUUUGAUUAA